ACACAAGUGCUGGUUCCUUUAACAUUGGAUGUAGUGUAUAGUAAGGCACCAAAAGCUAGUCUGUGAGGGGGACUUCACUUCACUGAGACACCAUCUGCGUCUUUCUCCAGAAUCGCUCCGGACGGCACUUGAUGUCCAUUUCAUUCUUAAAAACGACAUUUCAGAUUGCUUAUUCGGUUAAUGCAUGAUCUAGAUUUCGAGAGAAUGAAUUAACCGUUUGGAUCCAUUGCGUUCCGUAUCCUCCCUGAAGCUCAAGCUGUGCAAAAGCAUUUUCAACUACGGCCGGUCAGCCGCAGGAGCAAUGGGAAAGAGAGAAAUACCAACAUUUUUUUUUGACAAUAACCUGAAUUAGAUAGGCUGAAAGAAAUUCAAGCUACUUGUCAAUUUCAAGACAAGAAAGUACUCUAAGGAAACGUCAAUUGUUCAGCUUUGGAGAAAUUGGACCAAUAAUUUUCUUCAAAGAAAAGUAGAGGAUAACUGUUUGGAUGCGGAUAUAAGAGAACGAAUCAAUGCCCCAUAUAACUGGUACCGCCAGGAUAUACGUAAAAAGGAACCGAUUUUUAAAUGGUCCUUGAGUGAGUCGCCUGGUCGAUAAGCGCAUAUAGCAGGUUAUUUCUCCCUAAACAAGCGUGCAAGAGGCAUUGCAAUAGAAAACUCGGGAUUGCAUUGUACAAACGGCUGCCGUUUUUUCCUUCCCGAUAAAGCCAACCGAGGCUACACCUGUUCCAUAAGGAGAAAUUAUACCAAAAGAGAUAAGGAGAAGCACUGCUAAAAACAGCAAAAACGUCGAUUGAUGUUAAAGAGCCAGCGUGUCAGCAGCAGUGUGACCCAGCAUCCUGCAGAGUGGUGAGGGUGGUGUUUGGGAUGCGGAGAGCCGUAUAGGAGCUGAGUGGGUACCUCACCUCAACGCCGUCUGCUUCCUGUGCCGCUUCAAGAUGGAUUAGAGACUAACGCCUCUGGAGAUCAAAGGUGGCUGUGACAGGGGGACCCCCGGGGCAGGACCCAUGAGGAGUCAUAGAAGAUGCUCGCAGCCUGGGCGCCUCUGCUCCUCUUAGCCAUGUGGGUGAGAUGUUCCUCCGCUGGGCCGCUCUCCUUCAGAAUAGCCGCCAUACUUGACGACCCAAUGGAGUGCAGCCGGGGAGAGAGAUUGGCCAUCACUCUGGCGAAGGACAGCAUCAACCGGUCCAGUAACCGUUCCACAACAGGCAAGCUGGAGGUGGACAUCUUUGAGCUGCUGAGAGACAGUGAAUAUGAGAUGGGAGAGACCAUGUGCCAGAUCCUGUCCAAGGGAGUGGUGGCAGUCCUCGGUCCCUCCGCCAGCCCUGCUUCCAAUUCCAUCAUCAGCAAUAUCUGUGGAGAGAAAGAGGUGCCCUAUGUGAAAGUGGCCCCAGAGGACAUUCUGAAGGUUCAGUUCCCCCGCUUCACCACCCUGGACCUGCGUCCCACCAACACAGACAUCAGCCUGGCCGUGGCUGGCCUGCUCACCUUUUUCAACAGCACCACAGCCUGCCUCAUCUGUGCCCAGGCCGACUGCUUAUUAAAUCUGGAGAGACUGUUACGCCAGUUCCUCAUCUCCAAGGAGACACUAUCAGUUCGCAUGCUGGAUGACAGCCAGGAUCCCACACCCCUUCUCAAGGAGAUCCGCGAUGAUAAGACUGCCACAAUCAUUGUGGAUGCUAACGCAACAAUGUCCCACAUCAUUUUGGAAAGGGCAUCGGAGCUGGGCAUGCUGUCCGUCUACUACACCUACAUCUUCACCUCGCUGGAAUUCUCUCUGCUGCGAUUGGACGACGUGCCCAGUGAGCGGGUGAACAUUCUGGGCUUUUCCGUCUUCAACCGAACACAUCCCUUUUUCCAGGAUUUCCUUCUCAGCCUCAACCGUUCCUGGCAGGAAAACUGUGACCACGCCCCCUUCGCCGGCACACCGCUCUCGUCGGCGCUGCUGUUUGACGCAGUGCACGCGGUGGUUGCGGCGGUCCAGGAGCUCAACCGUAGCCAGAACGUGGGCGCUACGCAGCUCUCCUGCAAGUCCUCCAAGAUCUGGGAGCAUGGCACCAGCCUCAUGAACUACCUGAGGAUGGUAGAAUUGGAAGGACUAACGGGCCACAUUGAAUUCAACAGCAAAGGCCAGCGGUCCAACUACGCCCUACGGAUCAUGCAGAACAGUAGAGACGGCCUAAGGCAGAUUGGCCAGUGGCACUCAGAGCAGGGCCUGUCCAUGGAGAGGAAGCUUCCAUUAAUCAACGUGACCGACACUCUCUUCAACACCACCCUCACUAUCACCACUAUUCUGGAGAACCCUUACGUGAUGCUACGACCGAACCACCAGGAGAUGGAAGGGAACGAGCGCUAUGAGGGCUUCUGUGUGGACAUGCUGAAGGAGCUGGCGGACAUCUUGAAGUUCAAGUACUGUAUCAAUCUGGUGGGGGACGGGGUGUACGGGGUAUCGGGGACCAACGGUACCUGGACGGGCAUGGUGGGAGAGCUCAUCUCAAGGAAAGCGGACCUUGCCGUAGCAGGGCUCACCAUCACCGCAGAGAGGGAGAAGGUUAUCGAUUUCUCCAAGCCUUUUAUGACUCUGGGAAUCAGCAUCAUGUACCGUGUGCACUUGGGGCGCAGACCUGGCUACUUCUCCUUCCUAGACCCUUUCUCCCCUGGGGUGUGGCUCUUCAUGCUGCUAGCCUACCUGGCAGUCAGCUGUGUGCUCUUUCUGGUAGCCAGACUCACCCCCUAUGAGUGGUACAAUCCCCACCCCUGCAUGAAGGGGCGCUGUAACCUCCUCAUCAACCAAUACUCGCUGGGCAACAGUUUCUGGUUCCCCGUGGGGGGGUUCAUGCAGCAGGGGUCCACCAUCGCCCCCCGCGCACUCUCCACGCGCUGCGUCAGUGGAGUAUGGUGGGCGUUCACCCUGAUCAUUAUCUCGUCCUACACGGCCAACCUGGCUGCCUUCCUCACUGUCCAGAGGAUGGAGGUGCCCAUCGAGUCAGUGGACGACCUGGCUGACCAGACAGCCAUCGAGUAUGGCACCAUGCACGGGGGCUCCACCAUGACCUUCUUCCAGAACUCGCGCUACCAGACGUACCAGCGCAUGUGGAAUUUCAUGCACUCCAAGCAGCCCAGUGUGUUUGUGAAGAGCACGGAGGAGGGCAUCGCCCGCGUGGUAAACUCUAACUAUGCCUACCUGCUAGAGAGCACCAUGAACGAGUACUACCGGCAGCGCAACUGUAACCUCACCCAGAUAGGAGGUCUGCUGGACACCAAGGGCUACGGCAUCGGCAUGCCAGUGGGGUCAGUGUACCGGGAUGAGUUUGACCUUGCCAUCCUUAAGCUGCAAGAAGACAACCGUCUAGAGAUCUUGAAGAGGAAAUGGUGGGAUGGUGGCAAGUGUCCAAAGGAGGAGGAUCACCGUGCCAAAGGACUAGGCAUGGAAAACAUAGGCGGUAUCUUCGUGGUGCUGGUGUGCGGUCUCCUGGUGGCCAUUUUUAUGGCGGUGCUGGAGUUUAUGUGGUUUCUGCGGCAGACGCCCGGAACAGAGCUGUCGGUGUGUGAGGAGAUGCUACGGGAGCUCCAGGGGAUCGUCCUGUGCCGGGACAGCCUACAGCUGAGGCGUCGGCGGGGGACGACCAUGCUCCGUCCUCGCCCCCUACCCCUGGAGGAGCGUCGAGCGCGGGCUGCUGCUGUCAGCUUGAGCAAUGGCAAGCUGUGUGGCGCUGCCGCCGGCCUGCCCCUCUCUGAGCCCUUCUCCCACAGACUGGCGCAGGAGGCAGCUCUGGUGGCGCGGGGCUGCAGCCACAUCCGCAUCUGCCCCGAGUGCCGGCGCUUCCAGGGGCUGCGGGCUGCGCGCCCCAGCCACGGAGCCUCGCCCACUCACAGCGAGGAGAGCAUAGAGUGGGAGAAAGCGACCAACAGUAGCGAACCUGAAUAACAAGGAAGCACCCCCUUGACCUAGACAACCCCUUUACCUACCUAGACCACCACACACCCACUGUACUACUGUACCCAGUAGGCACCCCUCCACAGGGGCAACAGGGAGCAUCAUGGGAAGGUCAUGUGGUACUGUGACAGGAGCUGCUUUGGUCCUGGUGCGUUUGAUUUUGGAGGACAGCGGCUGGGGCUUUGGCUGUGGCUAUUUUGAGCACGUCCCCCAUGGAAGGGAUCUUUGAGCUCUGGAAUGAUGCCAUGGGCUUAGAGAUGGAACUGCCGUUGGACAUGUCCAUAGAGACUACCAGAGGAAGUCUGUGAGAGGGUACACGACCUCUCUGUAUUGGCUGUCUGUCUCGAAGGUCCUAUGCCCUGUCUAGGAUGUGAAGGACACAGGUUAUGGGGCAUUUGUACUAUGCAGUAUUUUCUGUCACUCAUUGUGCUAAAUGUUGAUCUGUUUUUAAAUUAUUUCUCCUUUUGUUGUGUUCUUGAUAUUGAUCAUAUUGUUACCAUUCUAUUGUUCUCUGAGACGAUACGAUGUUUUCUUUUCCCGAGUGUGUACAUUAUUGCCUUUUCACAACUACAAACAGAGAACACAUAGAAAAAGACUUCCAAUGCAGCAUCAUUCUUUGAAUACUUUUUUUUGUGUGAAAGUGCCCCAAAAAAAGCUGAUCUUGAACGAUGGGCAUCACGCACUAGCGGUUCUGGGGGGGGGGGGGGGCAGUGCCCCUGUGACAACAAUUUUGGACCCCCUUGUGACCCCCCUAAAUGUGGAGUAUGAAAUAAUUUUUACAUAACAAAUUUUUGCUAUCGUUCUUUUUUUACAUCCGUUAUUAGACAGUAGGAACGCGGAACAUGGUCUUUAGCCUGCUAAUGCCUGCAAUGCAGUGAAGAAAACGAUAUGACAACAAUAACGUUUAAUGUAACUGGCCCCUCUAACAGUACAACUGGCCCCAGCUUGGCCCCCCCAGUUGAAAUGGUCUAGAACCGCCACUGGCAUCACAGCCUUGAGACAACGACGACAAAGAGAACCGAAGAUAAAAAUAAACACAAUGACUUGUUUUAUAAUAGUGAUUAUAUUCUAUACAAAAAUAUGUUUUAGAUGUAUUUCUGAAAGACAGCAACGCAUGUCAGCAGGUGUGAUGCUGAUGAUUGGAGGGGAGAGUGAGUUUCCCGUUCAAACAAUUUGCCCAGAGACACAAAGAACCCCAAUGUAAUCAGAAAUAGUCAUCAUUCAUUCCCUUUGCUCAUGUGUGGGACCUGUCUCUUGAUAUUGCCCCCAGAUCACGGGUCAUAAACAACACUAGAUACCACAACAUACCACCAUUUUGAGUUUCUUCCCAUUGCCCACUGUGGUAUACAGUCUCAUAUGAAUCCCUUAUACUGUAAGUGAUUGGUAUUGGUUCACUUUUCCCAAUUUGUGCUCUCUAUUCCGUCUGUUCCACACUCUCUUGUCUUCGUGCUGCACUAUUGCCUUGACAUGACCCAGACCCACUCUCUGCGGCGUGCACUAUACACUCAUGCACACGCACAGGAAUGCACACACUCACACAUGCAGGCACAAAGGCAUGCGCGCACACACACAGACACCACAUACACAGUACACACAGGCAAUGCAGAUAGUCACACUGCAGAGGUAGUCAUACUGAGAUGGUGGCACUGGAGAAGAAUUCAACACAUUCCAGAACAAAUUAAAACUGAACGCUCCCAGUAAAUGUUUUUACAGGAAUUUUACUUCGAUUUUUAAAGACUCCACCCAAAAUUAAACAUUGUCUUACGCUUUCAUAUGUAUGAGGGGUUCAUUUAUGUCACUCAUUUAUGUUAAAUUUUUUCCUGGAUCACCAUCUGUUUUGUAAAUUCUGCAAUAUGCAUUUCCAAAAAUUAUAUGGAGCCAAUUAUUCCCAUUAAUUUAGGGUAUAGGCCUACAGAUUUCCCAAUGCUUACAAAACUUAAUUUUUGGGCUGAGCUGUCCCUCUAACCAUCAACAGAGACCCUCAGUGCAAGAUCUGGGUCGUAUUAAAAAAAGGGGUGAUACGGGGAGGGCCUACUUGAACUUGUCCAAUAAGAAACUUAGCAAAAAUAAAAUGGAAGUGUUUCCAUCACAUGCCCUAAUGAAUACAACCCUAGUAAUGAAAUCAAGGCCAGAUUUGAUUUGUGGAGCAAAGCUGUACUUUCUCCAUGUGUUCAUUCAAGUUGAUUUAUUCAAUGUACCAUGUCGCAAAUUCAUCGAUGUAGCAUAUAAUGUUACUCAUUUCCUGGAUGUUUUAUAAGUUGCUGGUGAUGUCCUUGAGAUUUGUUGUUUUGACUGUGCUUUUCUACUAAAAUGACUAAAAUGAGUGGGCGACAGUGAACAACUGUGGCCUGUCUGUCAACAUUAGGCUUUGAUGGAUCCGUCUCCUUGACAAUGCCCAAGGGGUGUGCCACUCAUAUGUCAAGAGUGCCUGAAACCAGGCCAUCUUGACAAAGUAUUCGAUUGGAGGCAUCCAGGUAUGUCAGGUUCAUUUGUAUUUGUCACAUCCAAUCUAAAAUCUGGAUGGACUCUUUCAGCAUUUGAAUUCCAUCCACUAUUUAGUUGAUUUCAUUCAUCUCUAAAAUUGCUUUUCAAGGCAUCUAUACAACGCGCCAGUCAAACAUUCCCAUUCCCCAUAGUAUAUGCGUUCUCCUGCCUUAGUGUAGGCGGCUGAAAGUCCUAGGCCAUACAUUUUUACAAUGAUGAUAAUGAAACGGCUAAGCAGAUCGCUUAGGUUGUGUCAAUGAGGGUCUGAGACUGGAGAAAGAACUGUUGUCUAUUUUCAUAAUGCCUUCAUCUAUAUCCCUUGAGCCAGCAGGCCACAAAUGCAAAAGAUCUCUUUAGAACAGUGGUAUUCAAACAUUUUCUUCCGCCAGAAUGUCUGGGGACCUCCUUUUUUUCCCCCAAGAAUUUUGCGCGACCCCACCUGAAAUCUAAUGACACAACCUUAAAACGUGUACAUUUAGAUUUUUACAUCAACAAAUAACCUUCAAUUCAUUGCACGUUCAUCUCUUAUAAAAAAAUGUAAAGAAACCAAUAAACCCAUUUUCUGAAUAAAAUUAUAUUUUUUAAGUAUCUUUCUCAAAAACGUUUCUAUAAUUGUUCCAUACAAUAAUCUGUACUCUAAAUUGUUUGUUCCUAAAAAAAAAAAAUCUAUAUGCUGAUUGAGUAUACAAAACAUUAGGAAUACCUGCUCUUUCCAUGACAGACUGUCCAGGUGAAUCCAGGUGAAAGCUAUGAUCCCUUAUUGAUGUCACUUGUUAAAUCCACUUCAAUCAGUGUAGAUGAAGGGGAGGAGAUGGGUUAAAGAAGGAUUUUUAAGCCUUGAGACAAUUGAGACAUGGAUUGUGUAUGUGUGACCUUCAGAGGGUGAAUGGGCAAGACAAAAGAUUUAAGUGCCUUUGAAUGGGGUAUGGUAGUAGGUGCCAGGCGCACCGGUUAGUGUUUUAAGAACUGCAACGCUGCUGGGUUUUUCAUGCUCAACAGUUUUCCGUGUGUAGCUAGAAUGGCCCACCACUAAAUGGACAUCCAGCCAACUUGACACAACUGUGGGAAGCAUUGGAGUUAACAUAGGCCAGCAUCCCUGUGGAAUGCUUUCGACACCUUGUAGAGUCCAUGUCCCAACAAAUUGAGUGCGAAAGGGAGUGCAACUCAAUAUUAGGAAGGUGUUGCUAAUGUUUUGUUAAAAAAUGGGGGGGGGGUUUUACAUUUUGCCUACCCCACUGCAGCGACCCCAAGUUUGAAUACCACUUUUUUUAAAGGUUCUCUCGCUUCAAUGCUAGAAAAUCACUAGUGAAUUCAUUUAGUAGCCAAUGUCGCCACGUUCAACAAAUAUCAAAUCAAAUCAAAUGUAUUUAUAUAGCCCUUCUUACAUCAGCUGAUAUCUCAAAGUGCUGUACAGAAACCCAGCCUAAAACCCCAAACAGCAAGCAAUGCAGGUGUAGAAGUAUGCCCCAUUAAAAGUCCCUCAAUUAUACCAAAUAUGGUGUUAUAAUUGAACAAUUCCUUUACUUGUGGUAUGCAGGGCCAUUCUAUUCCUUAGUUUCAUUUUACAAAUGAAAUCAUCAUGUGGGAUCAUCUGUUUUCAAAGGAUUCAAUUUCUUUUCAAAUGUCUGUUCAUUUUACCAAUAGAGACCAAUAGAGACAUGUUUCCAUACAAUGUGAAUACCCGUAAAAUAAAUUAUGCUUUAUGCUUUACAAGAGGUUUUACCCUGUGAGUGAAGUUGUUCUGGUUUUGCUGUGUAACUAUUCUCUGAGAAAUGUUUUCUGUACAGUGUGUUUGUUUUCGAGCUCCUAUGGAUACAGAGAGAGGGGGUAAAGAAUAAGCUGUACAGAGCUCAUUGUUAUAUCAUACAGAGGCUAUAGUGUCAAUGCACAUAAUCCUCUUAUGGAACAUUAUUGUCAUAAGUGUGUAAAUACAGAAUGCUCAACCAGGGUUUCCCUGUGGAGGUUCCAGUGGCUCUCUAUUUCUACAAGCCCUCAGCUUAACCAUCAAAUUGAACUUGUGGGAACACAUCCACAUACAAGCACACACAUCUACAGGCAUGAUGAGUAAUGAUACAUUCACACAUUCAAUUAGCAGGUUUUCUAUAACAUCUAGUUGCUAGGUCACAGAGAUUGCAUCCUAAAUGGUACCCUUUUGCAAUUACCUGCUCUGGUCAAAAGUAGCGUGCUCUAUAUAGGGAAUUGGGUGCCAUUUGGGACGCACCCUGAGACAACGUGGGGUCAGCUGGAUGAACUCCCGAGUUUAGCGAAUGGAUAGUGGGAUUCUGUGCAGCCAACUUUUAUGCACGAAAACAUUCACAGACAUUAAAUCAAGCCUAGUUGAAAUAAGAUUGCCAAUUACCUUGAAGGCUAAAGGGAGUUGAAUUGGAAUGAAAAGGAAUCAUCAUGAAGAAGAAGUAGUACUCAGACUUUCACUGGGAGACCUUGGGUAGGAUGGCAGGAUUUGGCUGCUAUUUUAUAUGCUUUAUUUUCUUAUGUUGUCAUUUUUAUUCCACUAUAAAUACAUUUCUUAAAACAUAAA